AUGGAUAAUAGUAUUUAUCGGCAUUUAUCGGUGCAGGAUCGGAGCGAGAGCCGCUGUGUGUCAAGGUCAGGGGGUGAGGCGGGGGUGGUCCCACAUGCGCCACGACGCCGGGCAGAGCCGGUGCAGUGCCGUCGCGACGUUCAGUCAGUGAUGGUGGCACCGUACCUCGCAGUGGUGGGUCUGGCCAUCGCGUGCUACUCCAACUCCCUGUACGGCGAGUUCGUGCACGACGAUGUUGUGGCAGUCUCUCGUAACCCGGACGUACUCGGCAGCUCCGGCCUGGGACAACUGCUGGCCAACGACUUCUGGGGCACCGCGCUCAGCGACCCUCGUAGUCACAAGUCCUACCGACCCCUCACCACGCUGUCUUUCAGGUCUGUCACCUACCAUCGUCCUCUGGUUAUACUGGUAGACAGAAACAUUCCAGGUUCACGGAAUCUCUGGGUAUUGAUUGAUAAGUAAUAAAUGUAUAUUGGACACGGAAGAUGGUGUAAUAUACAUGAGUCGUUCGGAAUGAUCGAUUCUUUGUUAGAUUUAUGUUGCGAAAACGAUUCGAACCAAUAUUUCUUUGCUAACGAGGUAAUUUGCCAUCGAUCUCAGUACAAUAAACAAACUUCUUGAUAAUGUAUGUGUUCAAAUCGUUCACAAUUUAUUUUGUUCUUUUUACUUAAUAGGAUAUUAUUAGUGUCGUUUUUUAUUGGCGUUCGAAGGUUUGAAACUAUAUUAGGAUUUCGGGCCUUUCCACCGUUAUAUGUUAGAAAAUGUAUGCCUGAAUAAACAAUAUGUUAUACAUUUUGUAACAUACCGAUGGAAAAUGUCCGAAAUCCUAUUAUCCUUUCAAUAAGGUAUUGCUGUAAUUGCAACCCUAAUGCUGUAGGGUACGUCUAGAGACAUUUCAUCAUGACGUAUGUUUGUACACAUUUUAAUUAAAUGAAGCUCCUAAAUAAACUUAACAUAAGCAAAUAUACUUCAUUAGAAUUUGAAUUUAACAGUCCCUCAAGUAAUUACCGUUUUUUAACAUUUUGUGAAUCACUGAAAUAGUGAAUAUAGUAUUCAUGAAAUCUUUUUACUGAUUUAGUUAAUAUGAAUAUUCUCUUGCAUUGUUGGUUUCGUUAUGGUAGAAAUAUAUUUUAAAUUGCUGUAAUCUCUUUCUACUUAGAAACAAUAUAUCGAUUGUCGCCUUUCAUGUAUCAAACUUACAAGUGUGGUAGUUAAAGUACAUUGGAAUGAGGCUGGAGUCUAAA